AUGGACAGUGGUGGACCAAGUGCCGGUGCUGACGCCGGGGCGGAGGAGAUCGAUCUCUACGAGCUGCUCGAAAUCGAUAAGGAUGCGUCCCAGGACCAGAUCAAGAAGGCAUACCGAAAGGCUGCCCUGCAACAUCACCCCGACAAGGUCCCUGAGGAUCGCAGAGAAGAGUCCGAAGCCAAGUUCAAGGCCGUCAGCCAGGCCUACGAGAUCUUGAAGGAUGAGGAGAAGCGCCAUCUCUACGAUACCCACGGCAUGGCCGCCUUCGACCCCUCCCGCGGCGGCGGCGGUCCCGGCGGCGUCGAGGUCGACCUGAACGAUAUCCUGUCACAAAUGUUCGGCUUCGGUAUGGGCGGUCCUGGCGGUCCCGGCGGCGCUGGCCCCAGGCGGCCUCGUCGCGGUCCCGAUGAGGACCAGCCGUACAAGGUCACGCUCGAGGAGCUCUACAAGGGCAAGACGGUCAAGUUCUCUGCCAACAAGCAGGUCGUCUGCGGCACCUGCAAAGGAUCCGGCGCCAAGGCGAACGUUAAGCCCCAACAGUGCGACAAGUGCAGAGGCGCCGGUAUGGCCGAGGCCUUCCGUCAGAUCGGACCCGGCCUGGUGCGCAAGGAGACGGUUAUCUGCGACCGCUGCGAGGGCUCUGGCAACUUCUGCAAGGAGAAGGAUCGUUGCAAGAAGUGCAAGGGCAAGCGGACGACAUCUGAGACCAAGGUGCUCGAGAUCUACAUUCCCAGAGGUUCCCAGAACGGCGAGAGGAUCGUGCUAGAGGGAGAGGCCGACCAGCACCCCGACCAGACUCCUGGAGACAUUGUGUUCCACCUGCAGGAGGAGCCCCACGACGACUUCACUCGUAUCGGCAACGACUUGUCUACUGAGCUGACCGUCACCCUGGCCGAGGCCCUCGGCGGCUUCUCCAGGACUGUGCUGACGCACUUGGAUGGCCGUGGCAUCCACCUCGAGCGGGAGCGCGGUAACAUCCUUCGCCCUGGCGACAUUCUGAAGGUGCCCGGAGAGGGUAUGCCGCACAAGAGAGGUGACGCCAGGGGCGACCUGUACCUGAUUGUCAAUGUCGAGUUCCCCGAGGACGGCUGGUUGAAGGAGGACAAGGAGUACGAUGCUCUGAACAAGCUUCUCCCGCCCCCUCCUCCCGAGAUCAAGGCGGAUGAAGUUGACGAGGUCGAAUACGAGGAGGUCGACAGCCUGGACCAAAUGGGCGGAAACGCCGGCGGACCAGGAUUCGGAGGCGAGUGGGAGGACGAGGACGAGGAGGAUGGCCAGCCCCAAUGCCAGCCGCAGUAA